AUGGAGGAACCGAACUUGGCUCAACCCCUGGCCGGCGUUCGUAUUGCCGAUUUCAGUCACGUGAUUGCCGGCCCGCUGGCGACCCAUUUCCUUUGCCUGCUUGGCGCAGAGGUAAUCAAGGUCGAGCCACCCACCGGGGACGUAUUGCGCAGCUACACAAGGCGGCGCGAGUUGCGCGGCAUGGCCGAGCCUUUCAUCGGCGCCAAUGCCGGAAAGAAGUCCAUCGUUCUUGAUCUCAAAUCCGAUUUCGGGCGCAAGGCCGCGCACAAGCUGAUCGCGACCAGUGACAUCAUGGUGGAAAAUUUCCGCCCCGGUGUCAUCGACAGGCUGGGCCUGGGAUAUGAAGGGCUCAAGCAGGAUAAUCCCGGCCUGAUCUUCUGUUCGAUUUCCGGCUAUGGCCAGUCCGGCCCGAUGCGCGAUUAUCCGGCCAUCGACCAGAUUAUCCAGAGCGUUUCGGGGCUUAUGAGCCUUUCGGGUGAACCCGGCAGCGGCCCCAUGCGCGUGGGCUUUCCCAUCGUCGAUACCUACAGCGCGCUUCUGGCCGCCUUCGCCAUUCAAUCGGCCUUUAUCCAGCGCGAGCGCGACCCCAAGGGCGCGGGCCAGCACAUCGACAUGUCGAUGCUCGACGCCUCGCUUGUCAUGAUGGCCUCGGUGGUCAACCCGAUGCUGAUCUCGGGCACCGAGCCGCGCCGCACGGGAAAUCGCGGUUUCUCUCUGGCGCCCACCGCCGACACGUUCGCCACCAGCGACCAGCCCAUCACCAUAGGCGCUGUGCAGCAGAACCAGUACGAGCGCCUUUGCACGGCGCUCGAGCGUCCCGAUCUUGUGGUCGACCCCCGGUUUGCCGAUGGCGACAGCCGCAUGGCGCACGAAAAGGAAUUGCAGGGCGAACUCGCUACCACGUUCAAAACCCGCACCGCGCUGGAAUGGGAGCGCAUCCUUUCGGCCGCGGGCGUGCCCGCCGGGGCGGUACGCCCGGUCCGCGACGUGCUCGCCCUGCCCCAACUCGAAGCCCGAGACCUUCAGAUCGAGCUCGAUGUGCCCAAUCCGGCUGUCGGGAAGACGUCGAUCCUCAACGCCGGCUUCAAGUUCGCCCAUGACGGUCCCGCCGUUUCCGAACCUCCCCCGACAUUGGGCCAGCAUACGAGCGAAAUCCUCGCCGAACUGGGCCUUGCCGAACAGGCGCUAUAG